CACUUGAAAGCACCCUCCCAGUGACUUACUUGUAAGAAGAAAUUUAAUGCUGAACACAUGUGGAAGCUUUGCACUCAGUGGCUGGGUAGUAUGAUUGGUGGUUUUACAACAAUAUUUCCUCAUUGUUGCAAAAAUGAGCUGAGUACCUAAAAAAGGAAGCAAGUACGAGCAGUCUGACUUUUCUUCAAUCAUCUUACCAGAGUUUUGCUUUUAAGCUGUCAGCACCACAUUUGUGUCAUAAAAGAAAUUUGAGGAACAAAGAAUGGGAUCAGGUGGCUCCAAAUCAAUGCCAACCACUGAAAAACCACAGAGUACAGCAGCAUCUCCAUCCUGUGAUACUAUAACAGCAGAAUCUCCAUCCUGUGAUACUAUAAAUUGCCCAACUCCUAAAAAUGAUCUCUAUGAAAUAUAUCCCUACUUACUUGUGGCAUUUUUUGUUGGGGUUCUUCUGACACUUCUGGUCACUGUUAUUGUCUGCUUCAUCAGGAAGAACUGUUCCAAAGACCCAACCAGGAGCUCCCAGCAGAUUUCCCAGACCUCAGACCCUUGCCACAAGGGUUGCUCCACCACUGAGGAAGCCCUUACCUAUGUGGACACGUCUCUCCAAGACUCAGAAGAAAAAGUCUACUUUGCCCAGCACCAGGAUGGAGAUUCAGAUUCCAUUGUCUAUGCAAAAAUCAAAGUGCAAACCUGAACCAGCCUUCCUAGCAAUGGAAGUGAGGAGAUACACUAGAGCUGAUGGCUUUAGCCCUGGACUGUUUCUCUUACAGAUUUUAGUCCCUUUCAUUCUGUGAAUCCCAACAAUUCCUGUAUAGUUAUGACAUAUUUAAAUACUUAAUCUAAUAAUUUCAAAAGCUGCUAGACAAAGCAUUCUCUAGCCAUGGAAGGGAUUGCUGAUUCUCUGGUUCUGACUCCAUCUGUAAGACCAUGGAAAGUAGGGACUGUGUCUCUUAUGUAGACUGCUAUAGCUAUAAACAGCAUAUAAAGCUCUGUGAGCUCAAUUAAUCCUUUAAAAUAACUUUGGAGGAGCAGCUGGGAAAUUCCAAAUAAAGAAACCUGGUACAA